UGCUGGGGCUUAGGAGCCGGUGCAGGUGCCGCCCGCAGCGGCUGCCCUCAGCCCAGGGACACCGGGCUCAGUGAGCUGGGAGCCCGAGGGCCAGCGGGAAGAGGGGGGAUCCUGGCCUGGGGCUCUGCGGUUCCUGCGGCUGGCAGGGCCAUGGCAGCAGGCGGCCGGCAGGCCGGGCCCAUGCCGGACCUCGGCCGCUACGUGGUGGCCCGGCCCAUAUACAGCGAGCCGGCCUUUGAGGAGGAGAACAAGAAGAGAGCGCACCUGCAGCCGACCCUGCGCGAGCGAGUCCAGGGAGCCUGCAGCUGUUCAAGAAAAAAGGUCUUUCAGAUAACCAAGUCCUUUCUCCCCAUCCUGGAAUGGCUACCUAAGUACAGAGUAAAGGAAUGGCUAGUUAGUGAUAUCAUCUCUGGUGUCAGUACGGGGCUUGUAGCUACUUUACAAGGUUUGGCAUUUGCUUUACUGGUUGCAGUUCCUCUUGGAUAUGGUCUCUACUCUGCGUUUUUUCCCCUCCUGACAUAUUUCUUCUUGGGAACAUCAAGGCACCUCUCAGUUGGACCGUUCCCUGUGGUCAGUUUGAUGGUGGGAUCUGUUGUGCUGAACAUGGCACCUGAUGACAAGUUCCACAUAAUGAGCAGUAAUGCUACAGGGCUUAACAAAACGCUGAUAGACACUGCGUCCCGAGAUGCACAGAGAGUAGUGAUUGCCAGUACCCUCACAUUUCUGGUUGGAAUUAUACAGCUUGUGUUUGGAGCCCUUCAGAUUGGUUUCAUUGUGAGGUACCUAGCAGAUCCCCUGGUUGGAGGAUUCACAACUGCAGCUGCUUUUCAAGUUUUUGUUUCACAACUGAAAAUAGUCUUAAAUGUUUCAACCAGAAAUUAUAAUGGGAUCCUUUCCAUAAUAUAUACCCUCAUCGAAAUAUUUCAAAGAAUUGGUACCACCAACAUUGCAGAUCUCAUUGCUGGGCUACUGACCAUUUUUGUGUGUAUGGUAGUUAAAGAAAUAAAUGAUCGAUUCAAACACAAGAUCCCUGUUCCGAUUCCUAUAGAAGUAAUUGUGACAAUAGUAGCCACAGGGAUCUCAUACGCUGCUGACCUGGAAAAAAAGUACAAUGCAGGCAUUGUUAAAACCAUUCCUAGAGGGUUUUUGCCUCCUGAGCCUCCAGCUGUCAGUAUGUUUUCAGAAAUGGUAGCAGCCGCAUUUUCCAUUGCUGUGGUCGCUUAUGCUAUUGCUGUGUCUGUGGCAAAAGUCUAUGCAACGAAACAUGACUAUUCUAUUGAUGGAAACCAGGAAUUUAUUGCCUAUGGGAUCAGCAAUGUGUUUGCAGGAGCUUUCUCUUGUUUUGUUGCUACCACCGCUCUGUCACGUACUGCUGUCCAGGAAAGCACUGGUGGGAAAACCCAGGUUGCUAGCAUAAUCUCAGCAGGGAUUGUACUGAUUGCCAUUGUGGCUCUGGGGAAACUGCUAGAGCCCUUACAGAAGUCUGUGUUGGCAGCUGUUGUCAUUGCCAACUUGAAAGGGAUGUUCAUGCAGGUGUUUGACGUUCCUCGUCUGUGGAGGCAGAAUAAGGCGGAUGCUAUGAUCUGGAUUUUCACAUGUGUGGCAUCCAUCAUUCUGGGUCUUGAUUUGGGAUUACUUGCUGGCCUUGUGUUCGGAUUACUGACAGUUGUGGUGAGAGUUCAGUUUCCCUCGUGGGGUGGCCUUGGGAACGUUCCUGGCACAGACCUCUACAAGAACGUCAAGGACUACAAAACGGUUGUUGAACCAGAAGGAGUGAAGAUUCUCAGAUUUUCCAGUCCUAUUUUUUAUGCUAAUAUAGAUGGAUUGAAAAGCAGCCUGAAAUCCACUGUGGGGUUUGAUGCAAUUCGCGUGCAUAACAAGAGGCUCAAAGCACUGAGGAUGAUACAGAAACUGAUCAAGAAGGGAAAAUUAAAAGCAACUAAGAAUGGCAUCAGUGAUUCUGGGGCUACCAAUGAAGCUUUUGAGUCUGAUGAAGAUCUUGAUGAUCCUGAAGAUCUUAAAAUUCCAACCAAAGAAGUAGAGAUCCACGUGGACUGGAAUUCAGAACUCCCAGUCAAAGUGAAUGUCCCCAGAGUGCCUAUCCACAGUUUAAUUUUUGACUUUGGAGGUGUAUCAUUCUUGGAUGUUGUAGCUGUGAGAACAAUGAAAAUGAUAGUUAAAGAAUUCGAGAGAAUUGAUGUGACUGUAUACAUUGCAUCACAUCAAGACAACAUUAUAACAAAGCUGGAACAAUGUGGCUUCUUUGACGAUAAAAUCAGAAAAGACAUAUUCUUCCUGACUGUCCAUGAUGCUGUGCUUUACAUACAGCAUGAAAUGAUGCACAGAGACAUCCAGGAUCCUAUUUUUGAAAAGAUUUCACUGAUGCAGGAAUCUAAGGAACCAAUAGAUUUUACAGAAACAGGAAAUCUUGAUGAUGAACUUGAUGUUCAGGAGGAGGCCAUGCGCAGACUCGCUUCAUGAAGGAAAACUAUUAUGGAUAUCUUGGACUCCCUGGCAAUAUUCAGGCACCAAUACUAUAUAAGCAUUUUCUGCACUGGGACUUGUCUUUGCACUUGAAGAAAACACUAAUUUCUUUGUCUGAACUCUACAGAGCUCUAUAAAUCUCCAAGUUUUGUCUGUUGACAUGUAAUCCUUAAAAUAGUCAAGUCUGAUCAGAAAAAUUUGUUCAUAGAAUCAAUGUUGGCAAGAUAUGGGAGGCAGAUCAUCAGAACUAUUACAGAAAUUGCAACCAGCUUUAGGGUUUGUCGGUCUGUGUAUACAACCCAUAUAAUCAAUGCAUAUAGGAAAAAAUAGCUACUUUAUGGUAACCCAGUCCCAGGGAUUGAGGAGAUUGUAAACUCUUCUUGAGGGCAGGAACCGUCUCUUAUGUGUUUGUAUUGUGCCUAGCACAAUGGAGCUCCAACCCUGAUGGUAGGCCUCAAGGUGCUACUGUAAUACAAAUAAUAAAUUCCUCACAAAAGAGAAACAAUAGGCAAUAGUAGCCCUAGGCCCUGACCUGCAAAAGGAUCUGCAAUCCCAUUUAAUUAGUUUCCCAGGACGUUAACACUGCUGCAUUCAACAACACACGUCUUUAAAAUCUAUCUAUCUAUUAGUCAUUCAAAAUAAUUCCUGGGUUUGUUGCAGCAUUACAGUCUCAAUAUAAAAAAUCCCUUAUAUAACAGAAAUGGAGUACAGAUGAAAUUUAUUCACUCAAAAUUGUUUACUAUAUUGCUAUAAAAUGUUAAUCAUAUACAUGGAUAAGGCUCAAUAAGAAGGAUUAUUACUUAAGAGUCUUGGUUCAUUAGUGCUAUUUUUAGUAACUCAUGCACUCCUGGUUAAUAAUCAUUACUGAAAUUAAACAUGGAUAGAUUGAACACUCCCUUACUCUACAAAUAGUCCCAUUGAAGUUCAUGGAAUUUGUGGAAUAGGCUGCUAUAAAACUGGAGUAAAGAUCUGAUUUAAUAUCUAGUUUGGUUUUUGAAAUGGGAUGUAACAGUAUCAUUGGUUUAAUGAAGAAUUAGCUGCAUAAACUGUUUCAUUCUUUUAAUACUCUACAAACUGCUUCUAUUCUUCUAAAAAAUGUGGACUUUUAAAAGUUAUGCUACAAUCCCCAGUGCAAUAAUUUACACAAAAUUUAGGAUUACAAGAAAACAUUUUAACUUCUGUUUUUAAGGCUUUAUAUUGGCUAUGUAAGAAAUGAUUGUUCCCAUGUAAUGAAUAUAUGUUUAGAUGAAGAAUUACACAAAUUGUUACAUUAAAAAUUGUAAAUAGAUUAGUUUUUAAAACUGAAAUUCCUUGUGGCAACUACCAAUAUACAAUGUUGAAAAAACAUGCAAUAAAAACCAUACGUAGUCCUUACAAAACAUAGGUUUCUAGAUUACAUCACAUUUAUGGUCUAAACUUUGUGAUCAUUUUAGUAUCUUCUCAUAUUUCCUGCUUUGAGCAGGGGGUUGGACUAGAUGACCUCCUGAGGUCCCUUCCAACCCUGAUAUUCUAUGAUUCUAUAUUUAAAAUUACUUUAAUUACAAAUUUUAUUUCACUGUAUCAGACAAAAUUUCCACUGGGACCAACCACACACGCAUUGCACACAGAAUAUUACCACCAUCACAACUGGCAUUAAUUGGCAGUCUCAGAUGGGAAGCCAAGCACUAAGAGAUUAUAUCUCUAAGAACCUCAUUGAACCUCCAUUAAAGUCAGUUGAUAGAUCCCCAGUGACUUCACCGACAGUUGGACUGGGCCUUUACCCAGAGGUGGCCCUUUUUCUGGCAGAGCUGAAACACUGGCAUAAUAGUGUGAUGCUGUACUUAACCUAUGGAUAAAUAAGGGGUUUUCAGGGCAGUCAAAUAGGCUACUACUUUCAAAAGUACAAAGGGCUCAAUCCUGCAAGGUGUUGAGCAUUCUCAUCCAAUCCAGCAAAACACAAGCACAUACUUAAUUUAAGCAUGAGCAGAGUCAAUUGGACUAUUCAAGAGUUUAGUGCUUCAUUGGGUCAGACUAAAGUGCUCCGCACCUUGUAGGACUGAUCUCUAAAUUCACAAACUUGCUCAGAGCUUGACUCUGCUAUUCUUAUGUAUGUUGAUCCGAAAAUGGUGGCAGAACUGACAUCCACUGAUGUCAAUGGAAGUGCUGUGUGUGUGCAACAAUGAAGGAUCAGGCCAAUUUCCCUCAGAAACAUUACUUCUGAUCAACUGUUGUCCAUUUGAUAUACCUUUAUAUAAAAGAAACUGUAAUCACUUACACAAUACUGAAUAUUUUGGUUAACUUGAAAAUUGUUAGAAGCCACUUGGGCUUUUAUUUUUCUGAGGAACAUAUAGUAAGGAAUAUCACAAAAUAAUAGAGUGGUAAUAAUAGAGUGGUACUGUUAGAACAUAUUUUUCUUGCUAGAGAUGGGCCUUCACUAUGAAGUUUGAAUCCUGAUCCAAACUUUCCUCAAAUGUAAAUGGCUUUGGAUCCAGCAUUUUGGUUUGGCUCUCUCUCACAUUCUUGCUGCCUAGCAUUUAAGAAGAGUAAUAAUAAAAUACAAGGAUUUUAAAAAUACAUUUUCCUUUUAAAAUAUGAUUUUUUAACCAGGAUGAAUUAAUGCAGAAUGGGGGUAUAGGACAAUUAUUCACACUCAUGGGAUGCAUAUACACUUAUUAUCUGAGUCAUGUUUAUAUUUGUUUUGAGUUUACUAGUACAUAUAUUUACAGUUAUCCAGAUAAGAAUGUUCUCAUGGGUUUCCCUUACAUUCUUAAUUUAAUACACCCAUCCAAGCUCUAUGAAGAAAAUUUCAAAUACCUCUGUUCAAUGGGGGGUGGGGUGGGAUGCAAGGGGAGCCAUACUUGUUUUUAUAUGAAGGAUACCAAAGUAAUGUAUUUUACAAUAUGGCUAAAACCCUGCAGAACUUUGCACUCAUGCAUAAGCCCCUCAAAAGCACAGCUGGAUAUACUUGUUUUUCAAGCAUAAUACAGGAAUGGCAUUUUUCUAAGCAUUUUGUGACUAUUAAUACUGUUAGAUCUCUGUAUGUCAAAGGUUUACCUUGAAAAGAGAUAGAUAUUUUAUUAAUCUUUUUACCGUCUAGAAAAGGCGCUGUAUUUUAAGGAAUGUUGUCAGUGACCUAAGAAAUAAAAAUUGCACAUACUCAAAACCACCCCCUUAGUGUUGCAUUUAUUUUUCUCUGUAUUGCUCUCGUUACUUCUUGUCAGAUGUUGUCUGGAAGAAAUAAAUGCACAAUGUGGAAAUAGGA